CGAAACGCGGAAUUGAAAAGUACUGAGUUGAAGGAACGUGGACCGUUUGUAUCUCAAUACAGUAAUGCAGUAGUUCGAGAACAAUAUUUUUGGUCUUUACCUAGUUGAUCACAACAUUACUCGAUUCAUUAUGUUCGAGUAUUGUUGAUUACGUAUUGUGUGUUUCACACUUUUUCAAUGAACUUCCUUGAAUAUACCAUCGAAGACUUCAAAGUGCAAGGGAAUUGGUACGAAGGACGAAAGUGUGAAAGCGUACGCUCACCGCUACUUACGCGAAGAAACAUAUCUUUUGACUAUUUUCAAUACACUUGAAAGAUUUGAUCUAAUUAUAUUUUGAUGAAAUAUUCGUAGAAGUAAUCAAGGAAUAUUCUGGACUUGACUAAUUGACAAGUAAAGUAACCGUAACGUUUGUACUAGAAAUUUUAUGAUAAAUAGAAAAGGAAUAUCACAAGGUCGUUGAAAUAGUAAUAGAAUCUUUUUUGCUGUAGAGACAUUUGAAUACGUAUGUCGGGUGUGAAUAGUGGCUUUUGUGACAAAUUAAAACGAUAGUAAAAAUAUUCAAUGAUAUUAAAACGUGUGAUUUUCAAUUUCCAAACUUAUUAUUCUUCAUUAUGUGUUUGUAAUUAAUUUUUCUUUAUACGUGUUUUGUACUGUUCUUGAAAAGAUUUGUUGUUUUUGGAUUUUACAUCGGCUAUGGUUGUAGCCAGUGGUGAGUGGGUACAAAAUGCCAGUUUUCCUGCCAGUCAGAAUUCCAACCUGAAAAUAAAUUCUGUGCAAAAUAACAAAAUGACAGCAAAAGGAGUUUUAAUUUGUCGUGAUAAUUCUCAUCCUUUUGAAGAGCGUACAUUAAUAUUGGACCAACCUGUUAAAAUUGGCCGUUCUGUAGCAAGAGCUAGAGCUACUCCAAAUAAUGCAAUUUUUGAUUGUAAAGUAUUAUCGAGAAAUCAUGCAUUAUUAUGGUAUUCAGGUGGAAAGUUUUUUUUACAAGAUACACGUAGUAGUAAUGGAACAUUUGUUAAUAAUCAAAGACUCAGUGCAGCUAGUUUAGAAUCAGCACCAAAAGAAGUAUGUUCAGGUGACAUAGUGCAAUUUGGAGUAGAUGUAAUAGAAAGUACAAAAAAAGUUAGGCAUGGAUGUAUAGUUGCAACAUUAAAAUUAUAUUUACCAGAUGGAAAAGAAGCUAAAGCUAGUCAUAGCACAGCUGUUACAUCACCAUUUAAUAAUGUUUCCUUGGAAGAUGUAUAUAAACUAAAUCAAGUUAUGCAAGAAGCUUCAAGACGUGAGAAAGCACUUUAUUCUAAGUUAGCAUAUCUUCAACAACUUGUAGCAAAUACUCGAAAAGCUGCCAAUCAAUCCUGGAAAGCAUUAAUAACAGAAGACCGGUUAUUGUCUUGGGUGGAAAGUAUGGAAAAUCAAUUGGCAGUUUAUUCUAAAAAUUACACAGAAGAUAAAAUUAGAAAUGAGUUAGUAGCACUUCAAGAAGAAAAAAUACAAUACCAAAAUGCAGCAAAAGAGGCAUUACAAAAAGUAUUACAAGAGAAAUUGGAAGUAACUCAGAGAUUAGUUCAAUUAGAAGGACGUUUAAAUGAAACAGAAGAAGAAUGUCAAAGUCUUCAUAAUGUAGCAAAAUAUACGCAAACAGAGCUUCAAGAAUUAUGUAGUAAAUAUACUGAAGCACAAAAAAAAUUACAAGAAACUACAAAUAAAUUGAAAGAGAGUGAAGAAAAAAUAAAAGAUAUAGUACAAAAUACAGAACAAGAAAAACAAGAACUUUUAAAGAGACUUGAAGAUCAAUCUAGAAUUGAGAAAAAUUUGCAAGCAAGAUUACGUGAUUCUCGGUUAGAUUCUGUUAAUAUUUAUAAGCAGAUCACUGCCCUCAGAAAUUAUAUGCAAAUUCUGCAGGAUAUGAAUUCAAAGUUAGUAACAAGUGAUAUUAUAGAUUUAAAGGAUGAGGAAAAUCCUAUUGAGGCUAUCAAUAUUAUUCUUAAUAAAUUAAAUUCCAUUCAUGUUGACAAUAUAGAUAUUGAUGCAGAGACUAACUUUUAUUCUUUGAAAGAUGAACAUGAUAAUCAAAUUAAUUCACAAGAUAUUGAUUCAAAUCAGUUGAAAAAUUCUGAUGACUCUUUUUCAAAAGAACAGAUGGAUGAUUCAUUGGCUAAUAAUGAUAAUUCAACAGAAUAUAUUUUACCACCACCUUCUCGAAAAACUUUAGUUAAUGGGAAUGUAAAUAUAGAUAAUACAGAUACAAAUUCAGAACCUGAUCUUAAUUCAGAUAUAACUGAUGAUGCAUGUAGUAUUACCAAUUUUGAUACAAGUGAAAUAUCCGUUUUUGAAAUUCAAAAAGAGGAACCUUUAUAUACAAGAGAAGAAUUUUUUGUACCUUACAAAAUGGAAGUUAGAUUUAUAUGUGAAGAAAAUAGUAAACAAUUAGAAACUUCUAAUUUUUCUCAAUCUGUUCAAAAAAUAAAGGAAAAUGAAGAUACAGAAAUUAAUAUUGACACCACAAAUAACAUUAAAAUUGUUUCAAAUGAGCCUUUUGUGGAAAUUGAUCAACUAGAAAAAAAGGAUGAAACAGAUAAAGAUAGCAAUGAAUUAGAUGAACAAUAUGAAGAACAUUUAGAAGGAGAUUAUGUUAAAACUUUAAAGCCAUUAUCCAAGAAUGAUACUACAGAACAUGGUAUACAUACAAGAGAAUACAUAUUGCAAACUUUGAUAGGAUCUUUAGACUUAUUAAGAAUUGAAGAUAAUUUUGAAUCACAACAAAUCAUUAAGAAAGAAUUAGAAAAUCUUAAGGAUUGGUUAAUUUGUGAACCUCAUGAAGAAAUUGUUGAAAAAUUGAAAGAAAUAUAUUAUCGUGCCAAGAAUGAAGCUCAAAGAAUUGAAGAACUUCAUGAAGAAUUAGUUAUUUUAAAGGAAAAAUACAAUGCGUUUACUGAAGAAAAGGCAGAACUCUCAAAAAAAUAUACAACUCUUAAAGCACAAUGUGGUGACUUGUUAAAUACAACUUACACUGUACCAAUACAUUAUGUAGCACCUAUUGCAAUUAUGUUAAUAUGGAUGUUGCUUGAAAAGAUAUUUUAAUGUUUUCUUUUUGUUUUUUGUAUAUAACUUUUAUAAUUGAUUAAUAUAAAAUUUUCUUUUUUUGCUUUUUUUUAAUUAAGUUGUUAUAAACAUUCAAAUGAUUAAAAUAACUGGAUGGUGUAUAAUUUCAACAAAAAAAUUUAAACAUUUUUAUACGAUGAAAAUAUUAAAAAUUGUAUAUAUUUUUCCGAUAUUUGUUAUUAAAGCACCAAUCUCAGAAGAUGUUCUAAUAAACUAUAAAGUUAAACUAUAAAGCAAAGGUAUACCAUGUUACCAUUUAAAAAAAAAGAACCAAAAUCAAAUUAAGCAGAGAAUUGUAGCAAUAAAUAUGUAUAUAGAAAAAGAUUUUAGGCUAGGAGGAAUGUUUAGAAAAAUAUAGACAAUACCAUGUAAAAUGUUCAACAUGCUGCCAAUCUCGAUAUCAUAUCUUCUUGAAUAAAAUGAUAUUAAUCUCGAUUUAAAAAUAUAAUACAAUUUACGUCAUUAUUUUUUGCAAUCAAUUUAAGCACUGCACCCAACAAUUGUAUUAUUAUAUAAAUUAUAAAUAACGUUUAUAUGCAAAAAUCGAUUUUUAUAAAUGCCCGUCGAUAUAUCCUAUGUCUUAAUAAUCUUCCCUUAAUAUUUCUCCUAGAAUUAAUCUCGAAUCUGUGCUAAAUUAAAAUACUCGAUAUUUAUUUUAAACGAUUCAGAGAUGUGUUCAAAACGUAAAUCAUUAUUUAGUUCGAUUUUUUUUAAUAUUAAAAAUUUAUAUAAGAAGAAUAAUAACAAUAAACUGAAAGAAAUCGAAUUUGUCCAUUCUUUACGAUCAAUAAUCAUAUUAUGUAUAUUUUAAUUAUAAAUUAAUGUUGAUUUAAAGAAAUUAUUUAAUUUCAAAUAUUAGUCAGUUUUAAAUUGUAAUUUUUUUCUCUCUCUCUUUUCUAUUUUAACUAAUGUAAUUGUUUAUUGUACAUACUUAAAAAUCAUUUAUUAAUGUAUAAUGUUUAGCAUGAUUUAAUACAAAGCUUUGAUUAAUAAUUAUUUUUCAUAGUGCUAUUUUUUUGCAUUGCGUCUUUUUCUUUUUCUUUUAUUUUUUAUUAUUAUUUUUUUUUUUUUUUUUUUUUUUUUUGCUCUCUUAUUUAUUUUAAUUUCUUCUUUUUUUUCUGAUAGAAUGACAAUAGAAGCAUAUCAACUUGAACGACCUAAUAAAUUUUAAAACAAAAAAACGAUAUAUUUCAACACAAAAUUUUUAAUAUGGUUCUUUUUAAGUCAGUGUAUUCAGCGAUUUUUCAGAUAAUAAUAAUAAUGGCCUAAGUGUUCGUUUCUAAUGUAUAAAACAGCAAAAAAAAUGUUAUUCUACUUUUUUAUUUAUUUUAUUUUUUUUUUAUACAAAUUAACAUUAGAAUUAAUCAUAUUUUCUUAAUUCAUAAUUACUGUGCCAUUGUUCGAUCUAUUUUUGUCUUGUUAAACAAUAAAUAUUGAUCGAUUGUAUGUAAGAAAAUGAUAAGUAUAUUCAAUUUUCCAAAAAAGAAAAGAGUUAUUCUUUCUUUCCAGAUUGAAUGAGUGUUAUACUUUUCUUGGUGGAUUGAAUAUAUAUUUAAGAUCGUGAUGGUUUAUAUAAAUAAUAAGAUAAUAUUGUAUAUAAUAUUGUUGAACACUCUUACAAUUCAUGUAAUAGCCGCUAUAUAAGAAAAAAUAAAAAAUUAACUUAACUGAAA